AUCAGGACCAACAAGUGGUUCGACGUGCUGAUCCUCUGCACUAUCAUCCUCUCUUGCAUCAUGCUCGCUCUCGACUCGCCCAUAGAAGAGAACAUGGUGAUCAAACCGCAGAACGUCCUCAAGGUCGAGUACGCUCUCUUCACUAUGUUCUCCCUCGAGUUCCUCGUCAAAGUGCUUGACCACGGCUUCUACUGGGAGCAUCCGCAGGCGUAUCUGCGCAGCACCUGGAACAUCCUCGACUUCACCAUCCUCCUCUGCUCGAUUCUUGACUUCAUGGGGUUUGCGAACCUCGCGGUCGUCAGGGUGCUCAGGGUCGUUCGUCCCCUCCGCUUCUUUAACAAGUUUGCUUCAUUGCAGACUCUGAUCAACUCGCUGGUGAUGUCAAGGAAAGAGAUUCUCAACGUGUUCUUGGUAUGGGCAAUCACCUUUAUCAUCUUCGCGCUUGUUGGGACCAUGCUGUUCGCGGGGAACCUUUACAAGUGCAAUGAUGACGCAGCAGGUGAGCAAGGGGUUGUGAGCUUCGUCUUCGACGGCGACAGGACUGAGAUCCUCCUCCCUCGUGUGUGGGAGAACCCAGCUUCCUCCUCCUCCUUCGAUCACUUCGGGCUGGCGAUUCUUUCCCUGUUUGAGCUGAUCUCCCUGGAGAACUGGUCGGAGAUCGCCUUCAGUGCAGUUGACAUCGUAGGAGUCGGUUAUCAGCCUCGACACAAUGAGUCUCCGAUUUACUUCUUCUACUUCGGGCUGUUCAUCCUGAUCAUGGUGUACUUCAUCCUCCAGCUCCUCGUCGCCAUCUUCAUAGACAGCGUCAGGAUGAGGAGCGGGAUGAUCAUGUACUCGGAGCUCCAGAGAAACUUCAUGAGGUUCGAGAACAAGAUCGACAACUUGACAAAGGUGAAGGAGAUCCCAAUGCCGACGAAGAGAUGGCACAGACGCCUGUUUGUCUUCGUCGAAAGCCUGCAGUUCCAGUACUUCAUCAUGUUCGUUAUCUUUCUCAACGUGGGUUUCAUGGCGUCCGAGGGAUAUGCCGUGCAGAGCUCUUGGACGUCUACUUUAUCCUCCAUCGACAACGUCUUUAUCGUCAUCUACUCCAUCGAGAUCGCCUUGAAGUGUGUCGCCUACGGCUUUGCCUUCUUCAGCAGCUCCUGGAACCUUUUCGAUCUUUUCAUCGUACUCAUCAGCAUUGCUGAACAGACUCUGUCGCGAUCCGUCGGCAUCCGAGCCCUCCGUCUCCUCCGCCUCGUCCGCGUCUUCCGAACGGUCAAGAUCAUUCGGAGGGUUCCUAAACUUUACCUCCUCUUUCAAGCCAUCUCUGCCAGCCUGCCAGGACUUUUCGCUACCUUCCUUGUUGUCUCCAUCUUUCUCUUCAUCUUUGUCUGCGUUGGGGUUCAGUUCUUCGCAGAAGUCAAGUUUGGCGUCAGUCUGGACAGCUAUCGCAAUUUCAAGAACACCUGGACUGCGCUGACAGCUCUCCUACAAGUUAUCACAAACUCUGGUUUCCGCGGUGUUCUACAGGAUCUCAUGAUAGAGGCGCCUUAUUGCACUAGGUGUAAGAAUUGUGUUCAAGACAGUUUUGGGAGAUGGCAGGAUUACUCGGAUUGUGGGAAUGCAAUCUUUGGUUCUAUUUUUCUCAGCAUCUACUUCAUCUUCAUGAAAUAUGUUCUCCUCAACUUGUUCAUCAGCAUGUUGGUCGAAAGCUUCUUUAACUUUCACGUGGAGAUGAAGUUUGUAUUGAACAGCGAGCACAUAGAGUCUUUCAGG